AUGUCCUAUCACCUGCUGCCUGCUUCCCCUAGGGAAUCUGGCGACUCCGACUCAUCCCUCGACGAGGACCUGCCGGUGAAAGAGGACACCAAUGGGCCUGAAACACUGUCGACCGUCCAAGUUCGUCUGAUCUUGGUCCAACUGUACACAAUCGUCAUCUUCUACGGUAUGGACUCAACGAUAGUAGCAACCCUCGCUACGCCGAUAUCCAGUGCCUUUGGCGAGCUACAUCGUGCUGCGUGGCUGAACAACGCCUACCUGCUGACGGUCGCGUGCUGUGCUCCACUCUAUGGUAGACUAUCGGAUAUCAUCGGCCGACGGAAAGCGCUAGGUAUCGGCUUGGCCGUUUUCAUUCUUGGCAACGCCCUUUGCGGCGCAGCGGGGAAUAUGAACGUUCUUAUUUUGGCCCGACUUUUGCAGGGGGCGGGGGGCGGCGGGGCGGGACUGGUCGCCACUAUCGUCAUAUCGGAUAUCACGCCGCUGAGGGAUAGGGGGUUGCUGAAGGGUGUGAGUGCUGUGUGCUGGGCGAGUGGCCAAGGGCUAGGAGGUGUCUUCGGGGGGUUGAUCGCCGAUGCUGUAGGAUGGAGAUGGGCCUUCCUAUUCCAAUUGCCUGUCCUUCUGUCGAUAUUCUGCGGACUGAUGAACAUGAUAUCUUAUGAUCUGGGAUAUCAACGUCCUGCCGAUGCGUCGCUGAGACGGAGAUUGGACUGGAACGGCUCCGUACUGUUCUUCAUUGGUAUCGGGUCCUUAGUGUUCUCCAUAGCAUAUAAGACAAACGAAGACCUGUCGUGGUCCCACCCGCUAGUAGCGCUCACGCUUCUCCUCUCCAUCCUAGCCAGCGGGCUGUUCGUCUACAUAGAGCUGCAGACGGACGAGCCGGUACUAGACCUGCGCCUGCUUGGUAACCCCAGCCUGGCAUGUAUCGGGGGCACGUCCUUCCUCUCGAGCGCAGCGACUGUCUCCGUGGGGUUGUACUUCCCUAUGCUGCUCCAGAUUGUUAGAGGGAACAGUGCGAGCAGCGCAGGGAUGCAUCUUGUUCCGAACACGAUUUCCACUGCCUGUGGGGGGAUCGUCUCCGGCCUAUACAUCCGCAAGACGGGGAGAUACUACAAGCUCAUCCUCUUCCUCGCCUUUCUCCAGCUGCUCGCCUGCUUAUCCCUAGCAUCUCUCAACAGGACCACGUGGGAACCUGCGACAUGGCUCGUCCUCCUCCCCCUCGGAUUCAGCACAAACGGGUACAACGGGUCGACUUUCAUCGCCUUACUUAAUGCGGUCGACGCCAAGGACUUGGCCGUCGUGACGUCCAUGGCAUUCAUGUUCCGAUCCUGCGGUCAAGUACUCGGGAUGGCUUUCUCCUCCGCUGUUCAGCAAACAACCUUAUCCGUCAGCCUCGCCCACAGACUUCCAGCGUCAAUCGCCCCCCAGAUAAUGGCAGAAGUGAGGAAGAACGCCGCCUCUAUUCUCUCCCUCCCCCCGGAGCCUAGGGAUGCGUGCAUAUCCGCGUACAGUACCUCCCUGCACGUAGUUUUCCUCACCAGUGCGGGAUUGCUAGUGGGAGCAGGGGCGCUGGCCGCACUUAUUAGGGAACGGGAGAUCGAGGGUGGGCGCACUGAGAAGGGGGAGGACGAGAGAGGGGAUAAAGAUUAG